AUGUCGAAAUUGGAACGCCAACAGAUUGUGGGCCCCAUGCCCAUAGCCGAACUCUUGAAGAAUAUCUUACAUCGCUUGACACCCGGCACGGACAAAUCCCGGGAUCCCUUUCCUUGCUCGGAUCUGGACUAUCCCUUGGGCUCAAGACCAGGUUUACGAUCCUUUGUUGAUAGGAUUCAGGAGACUCUAUGUCCAAACCUAGCAUUGGACUUCCCUGCUAUGGCUUUGAGCAAGGAGCCCGAUGUCUUCUUCGUCGCUCGCAAGCCUGCGUCUCGCGACGACCCUUUGAACCUCACGGAUGGGAGAGAACUGGCGUUCUUGCGUGUCUCUCGCGACAAAGAUCCCUUCGUGAAUAACGCUCCACCGUCACAAUCUAGAGACGCAUCGCUGUUGUUGCCCGCUCAGCACGCCAUCGAGACAUUGUCUGUUCUGGCCAAUCAGGCCGCCGAGCUCUGGGAGAACUACGACCGUCUCUUUGUCGUCACCGUUCUCCUUAUCGGCGAUAACGCUGCUCGUAUCCUGCGCUGGGAUCGAGCAGGUGUCACCGUCUCUGAGCGCAUCGCUCUUACGGCCGCCGAUAACCCUGUCGCGGAGCUCCUUACGUGCUGGCAGAUCAUGGCGCCAGCAGACCGAGGAUACGAUAUGACGCUCUCUCUUCCAAGCGAAACGGAGGCCACUCAAGCACGAGAAGCUUUCGAGAGAUGCGCAACCGUCUCCAUCUCGCCAACUGUGCCACUCCGUCGCAUCGUCGUAGCAGACCGCGCAAACGCCUCCCAACCCGAGUCCGAGCAUACCUUGAUCGCGGCCGCGCCACCGCGCCUAGGUGAAAUUGUUGGCCGCGCAACCAUUGGAUAUGUCGCGUAUGACUUGACGGCGCGCAAGCUCGCCUGGUUCAAGGACUCCUGGCGAAACGAUGUUUACCAGUUCACACCGGAAGGCACGACGGGUCGGCUACUGAAUGCGAAGGGCGUGCCGCACGUUCCACGCGUACUUUGUGCCGGCGAUGUCCGAGGGCACUAUACACGUACGGAAACAUACGCACAGAUGGGUGGUGCAUGGAUGCAUGGACGACCUCGCGUGCGCGGGCACAGGCAUCACCGUGUUGUCUUCGACAUAGUUGCGCGUCCGCUGGAGACAUUCCGCUCAACACGCGAGUUGUGUACUGCCGUACGCGAUUGUCUUAUCGCCCACGAACACGCAUGGAACAACGCAGAUCUGCUUCAUCGCGACAUGAGCGCAGGCAACAUGCUCAUCGACGAGAACGGCCGCGGGGUGCUCGUCGAUUGGGAACUGGCAGCUGUGCGCGCAAAGUGUCGUCUCAGUCCAUGCAUUGGGACAUGGAACUACAUGUCCGCCGCACUCGCCGAGGAUGAUCGGCGAGUGAACCGCGAUGAAGACGACGCCGAAGCUGCCGUCCAUGCCCUCAUCGAGACGUUGUUGCGCUAUCGCCCCACCAAGGUGCACGAACUACGUGGUGUUCUGGAUCACGUAUGGCCGAACGAAACGAACGACCCCGUCCCGGGAAGAGGGAAGCGAGAGUUUUGGGAGGGGAUGAUUGUUGGCGAGGAGGAUUUGGUAGCUUCACUCCCACCGCCGUGUGUGGCCAUGAUACGCGACCUUAGGGCUCUCUUCAGGCAUGCCUAUGCCGGAGCAAAUGCGGUCUGCUGCAGCGCUGUGCGCGGCGUUCUAGACGAACAUCUCAAGAGUCCCGGCUGGCUGGAAACUGACGGGGCUUGCGACCAACUUCGGUUUGGCCCAAAGCAAUAG